CCCUUCUUCCACAUUCCCAUCCACCGGCAACUUCAAAACCCUCGGCGCAUUACCACCCAUAAACCCCUCCACCACACUUCCCCUCAACCCGCCGUCCUUCCCCACCAAAUACUCAUUGACUUUAUCCACACAAUCCCUAGACCCCAAUUGGGGAAAGUUCGUCCGAAACAUUACCUCCUCUCUUCCCGUGAUAUUCGCAAACGUAAUAACCUCCUGCGCAUAAUACCUCGGCGACCAAGCACUUGUAUCAAUAUACACAUUUCUAUUCUUCCACGCAACCGCAGUAUGUCCCAUCUGAGUGUAAAAUGGAACAUCCACCUCAAUACACUUGACAUACAGUGGCCAGUAAUGCGCAUCCGAGGGAGGGAGAUUCCACAACCAAGGUACAACCCUCAACCCAACGAAGUUCUCUUUUCGGACGUAGUGUUUAGCUCUUUGACGGCUGCAAAGGGGUUAUGUAGAUCGACGGUAGCCAAACCGAAGAUUUGAUCCAAUAGGCGCGCGUGGAUUGGGCGACUUUUUCAUUCGAGAAGAUUGUUUUCCCGGGCGGGUCUAGGCGGAUAAACGGAUGUGGGACAUGCCGGCUUAGUCCGUUAAUGCGAUGACUUCGGAGGAGGAGCGCUUUUUGUCGGCGAUUGAGGGGUCCGAGUGGCUGUACCUAGGCGAAGAGAGAGGCGACUUCAGGGAUGGCGGCUCCGAGCUAUAGAGGGAUGGGGUUAAUGAGUGGACUGUUUAAUGGGGGUUGGGGCAAACUUGCUCCUGGUAG